AUGACUAAGUGUAAGAGAACUUACAACCUCUUGCUUUUCCUCUAUGUGCUCUACCAGAUGCUCACAAAGGAAGAUCAAGAAAACAAAUGCUAUAAUCUGCAGGGACAAAAACAGCAGAAACUUUCACUAUGGAGCACUGUAGAAACCCGUUGUAGCUGCGGAAGAGAACAAGGAAAACAACAGCAACUAAAAAAAUCUGGUCUUCAGGGAGCUGUGAAAGAGUUUCAAAUGAAUAAUCAAACAGACGUUACCGAAUUCAUCUUCUUGGGCUUUUCCAACCACCCCCAUCUACAGGGGUUGUUCUUCUUAGUCUUCCUGGUCAUUUACCUGACAACCUUCCUGGGGAACACACUCAUAAUAAUGGCCACCAGGGUCAGUCUUGCCCUGCAAACUCCUAUGUAUUAUUUCCUCAGCAACCUCAGCUUCUUGGACAUCUGCUACACAUCCACUACCAUCCCAGUCAUGCUGGUGAACUUCUUCCGGGAGAAGAAAACCAUCUCAUAUGAGGGCUGCCUUUCCCAGAUCUUCUUCCUCGUAACCUGUGCUGGCACUGAAUGUGUCUUAUUAGCUGCUAUGGCUUAUGACCGCUAUGCAGCCAUCUGCCACCCUCUUCAAUAUCCGAUCUUUAUGAGUGUGAAGGUCUGCGUGUGUUUGGUGACUGGGUCCUGGCUGUGUGGGCUGGUGAAUUCCCUAACACACACAGUACUGGCAGCCACACUCACUCUGUGUGGACCCAACCAAAUCAGCCACUUUCUCUGUGACAUCCCACUUCUUCUGAAGCUCUCCUGCUCAGAUACCUCGGUCAAUGAGUCUGUGCUCCAUGCAGCCAGUGCCACCAUUGGCCUGAGCCCCUGCCUGUUUACUGCAGUGUCCUACAUACUCAUCAUCUCUGCCAUCCUGAGGAUUCCCUCUGCUCAGGGCAGAAGCAAGGCCUUCUCAACUUGUGCUUCUCACCUCACUGUGGUGGUGGUAUUUUAUGGAACAGCCAACUUAAACUAUGACCAACCCAGAGAAGGUUACUCCCUGGACAUGGACAUCCUGGUUUCUGUGCUUUUCUGUGUUAUGACCCCCGUGUUAAAUCCCAUCAUUUACAGCCUGAGAAACAAGGAGGUCAAGGGGGCCCUGAGAAAACUAUUUGGAGGGUGUGUACUCUCUGGAAAUACUAAUGCCUAG